AUGGGGACAAUCCUACAGGCAACACAACCUGACUACAUAAGAAGAUGCCCACCUCAAGUCCCAUCAAUAGCUGCACUGGUUGAAGUGAUCACAUAUAGGUUCAAGAUCGAACCCGAAGUCAUGGCAGCUGCAUUAAAUGAAAUCAUUUUUUCUGUCGUGCUCUCUGCUGUUCUCGUCUUCAACAUAGCAGGAAACUCCCUCGUUAUCUACAUCAUCAGGAAUGAACGAGGAAUGAAAACCUCCACAAACUAUCUGCUGUUAAACUUGGCUGUAGCAGAUCUUUUAUUUGGUGUUUUUUUUGCUCCUGAGUAUAUAGUUCUGCCUUUGUUGGGUAGACCAUCCUUGCCUGAUGGAGUUCUUGGUGACUGGCUGUGUAAGCUAAUUGGAUUUGGUAACAUCGGUUGGAUGGCGUCCAGAACUUCUAUUUUCACCAUGAUUUGUUUAUCAGUUGAACGAUACUUUGCUGUUUGUCGUCCUCACACCUUCCGUCAGCGUUUCUCGCCAAAGAUCGUCAAAGUGCUCAUUAUGGUGUCCUGGAUAUAUGCUGUUGUUAUGGUAUCUCCCUUAGUUGUCGAUAUUCAUUUUAGCAGAGGCUAUUUUCCCUGCGUCUUCAACAAUUCAAUUUUUAAAGUUUAUUUAUUGUAUUCUUUGGUAGAAAUCACUUGUUUCUUGUCUCUGAUGAUAUUUUUUACUGUGAAAAUAUUCAUUUCCCUCUGGUGCAAGCAGACAGUAGAACCUACAGGAGAACGAGACAUCACCGAGAGAAGGAAGAAAAAGAAAGUCACAUUGUGUGUUCUUGCUGUAGUUGUCACAUUUGUGGUGUGCUGGAGCCCUGCUGCAAUAUACUUUGUUGUCGCACUUGGGUCAUCAUCAGCAAUACAACUGGAAUUAAUUACAGCAUCAAUUCUGACGGCGUCUAUCAAUGCUGCUCUUGACCCGUAUCUGUUUAGCUUCCAAAGUUCAAGAUUUAAGGUUUUGGUCAAGAAAGUUCUUUGCUGUAGAAAAGAGUCUUCCGGGUAA